UUUCCACAAAGUCAAGGUUGUUCGUCUCCGAAGCGACCACGAGAAGUACCUCUUCGUCGGACUUCGAGUUAACCAUCUCUCUAUCCCCUAUAAUGGCCUCCUCCAAUCUCUGUCCAGCCGACGAGCUCUUCUACAAGGGCCAGCUUCUCCCUCUCCAUCUCUCCCCCCGCCUCUCCAUGGUUCGAACUCUCCUGCUAGCCUCGUCCAGCUCUUCUUGCUCCAACUCCACUACCACCGCUUCUCGAGACUCGACCUACGGCUCCAAUGGCUCCAGCUCUUCUUUUUCCGGUGAUCUCGUCUUGUUCACUGAGUGUGACUCGUCGCGGCCGAGCUCAGUGACCGAGGAAGACGAGUUUAAGCGUCUCAACCACAAUCAUCACCAUCAGAGCCCAUAGAUCAAGAAAUCCACGUACUUAUCUCUAGCGAGGUUCUCUUCUGUGUUUCGCAAAGACAACAACAAGCAUAGAGACCAAGAGAAUGUAUAGGGUCCUUCUUCUGUGAAGCGGAUGAGCGCGUCGGCCAAGGACGUGAUAAGGAAGUAUUUGAAAAAGGUGAAACCUUUAUACGAGAAGUUAUCACAAAAGCAGCAGCAACAGAAGAUAGCGACGAUGGUAACAGUGGCUUCGUUGGCGAUGAGGACAGAGAAGUCCAGGAAAAACAAAGAAAUCUCUGCUUCAAGUACGAGGAAAGAGAGCAACAGUGUAUUCUCUCAUUCAUUCUCUAGAAACCUGAAAUACCCACGAAGGAAAAAAUGUGUUUCCAGUUGCCCAUCUUCGACGCGGUCGUCGCCCAGUCAUUCCGGUGUGCUUUGUCGAAGCGGUGUUUUUGGUGGUAACAUCGUUGGAAGCAUGCAGUAUGCAGAUUCAUCGUCAAUGGAGGAGUUGCAGAGUGCGAUUCAAGGAGCCAUUACUCACUGCAAGAACUCCUUGCUUCAGAAAUCAGAACAAAACGCUGGUAAGUAAUAAUUAGAUCUGAAAGUUGGUGUUAAUUUUGCUCAAAAAGAAUGUAUC